UCCGCCCACAGCACAGGUUUCCGGGUUGUAGUCAGGAAGUGAAGUGCUGACAGGUCGGUCGUGUCUGUUGCUGCCGUUCACUCUGCCCGGCAUCGAACUGUGCUCUCCAUCAUGUCCGCCAGGAACCCAGGCACCAAGCUCGACCUGGAGCGGGUAUCCAAAGUGAGAGUGAACACGCAGGCCGUCCUGAAGAGAGCGCAGCAGAUCCAAGGACAUAAGCUCCUGAAGAAACAGUGGCAGGCCGCCUGGCUGCUGAAGGCUGUAACAUGUAUUGACCUGACGACUCUGGCUGGAGACGACACACCAUCCAACGUCCACCGGCUGUGUCUGAAAGCCAUCCAGCCGGUCAGGUGUGACCUGCUGCGGAAGAUGGAUAUGCACGACAAAGGAGUGACCACGGCAGCGGUGUGUGUGUAUCCAUCUCGUGUGGCUGAUGCUGUAGCAUCACUGAAGGCAGCCAACUCCAGCCUCCCUGUUGCUUCAGUGGCCACCGGUUUCCCAGCUGGCCAAACUCCACUGGAGACACGGCUGCAGGAGGUCCGAAUGGCAGUGGCUGACGGUGCCGCCGAAAUCGACAUCGUCAUCAACAGGACGCUCGCCCUUACAGGACAGUGGGAAGCCAUGUACGAUGAGAUCCGUCAGUUUCGAGAGGCCUGUGGCGACGCCCACAUGAAAACCAUUCUGGCUAUUGGCGAGCUUGGCACCUUCACCAACGUCUACAAGGCCAGCAUGGUCGCCAUGAUGGCUGGCUCGGACUUCAUCAAGACGUCCACGGGAAAGGAGUCUGUCAACGCUACUUACCCAGUUGCCAUAGUGAUGGUGAGAGCCAUCCGUGACUACUUCUUGUGUACAGGCCACAAGGUGGGCUUUAAGCCGGCAGGUGGGAUCCGGACGGCUCAGGAGUCUCUGGUGUGGUUCAGUCUGAUUAAAGAGGAGCUCGGCAACGACUGGCUGUGUCCUCACCUGUUCCGCCUGGGAGCCAGUAGCCUGUUGGCUGAUAUAGAGAGACAGAUCUAUCAUCACGUGUCUGGACAGUAUGCGGCCUAUCACGAGCUGCCUAUGGCGUGAAGCUGUGGACUUCCUUCUUCAAUGACCAAUCGAAACCUCAGACUCGCCACACAAGCCUUUUGGUGGUUGCCGAGGCAACACACUGACUCAUCAAUUACAAAUUGACACCAUAGACUGUAAAUAAAGAUGGAAAUGUCUCCACUCCCUUCAAUCACUC